AUGUACAUCGUGGUUGGUGCAGUUCCCUCUACAGUAGGUGGAGACUCCGAGGCACGAUGGUUCGGCGAAGAAGGUUUCAGUGAUUAUAAGGUUGAGAAUGGUUUCCCUGUGAACUUUCCAAAAUACCUAUGGACCGCAGCCUGCUGUACUUAUGAGCGCAAGGAUGACCGAGGGAACUUGUUGCAUGAGAUAAUAAACACGACCUUCGAUAGAAUAAAUGACCCUGGAGAUUCUCCAUGUGAAAAGAGGAAUAUAUCUGUACUGAAUCAAUAUUUGUCCGAAAAUAUUAAGGGGAUUGUAGACCUAUUUCCAAACAAUCCUCAGUGCUACAGUAAGAAAAACUACAUCCCUUUACAAUGUUAGGGAGCCAAUGUUGAGAUGUCGAUCUUCCACCCCAGUUAACCAGGCUCCUUGAGCACGGUUGAAAAAACUUCAAACAUAUUCUCAGAAAUACAAUGUGAUGUUUUUCGUGGACGACGAAUUGUAAUUUACAGGCCAUUCAAUUUUGUCGAGGCGCUACUCUUGGGCUGAUAAAUAUGCUAAUCAGAGGUCAUGGGUUCAAAUCCCGUACAGGCCUAAUUUUUUUUCAGGCCUUAUUUUCACUACUGCUUAAGUAGUGUUCAUUAUUGCGAAGAUCGCUUUCAUAAUUAAAUAUGCUAAUGUCGUUAAUAGAUCUUUUGUACGGAACCAUUAGUUAGAGCGCAUUUCUAACGAGUGACGUCAAACCAAAACCACGUACGAUAAUCACAGUGGCCCAUCAGAGAUUAGGAAAAUAUGGGAACUCAAAAAAAAAACUUGAGAAAAUUUUCACUCAUUCAUUGGGAUGAAUUUUAAAGUUGUACUCAUUUUCCAGCCUCCGGAGACGAUAUUCACUUUGAUCGAGAUCCUGACCCGAUCGAAUAA